GAGGUCCGAAAGGCGCCAUAUUUGCCAAGCGGCAGAAAUGGCGCCUUUGUGCCGUCAAUGGCAACUGAAGCCAGGCCGUCGCCAUAUUUUCUAAAGGCAUCUUCCGGGUUCCUUCACCCGAGCUGUGUCUCUGUGCGAGCGGCUGUGGAGUGAACUAUGGGGCAUUACUAGUCUCCACCGGAGCCCUGCAGCCCUCAGCGGCCACACGCUGCCCACUUUUUCCGCUCCCUGACCAAGGGGCGUGGCAAGGGCGUGGCAGGGGCGUGGUUUCCCGGGGAAGCCGAGGCCGGAAGCCGGAGGCUGGGGCGGCCAAGCCGCUGCCGGGGCAGGAGCCCCGAUGGCGCCACCCCCGGCCCCGCUGCUGGUGCCGAUGCCCGGGGAGAUCUGGCCCGGUUUCAGGAAGCCUGAGCUCGUGAGCUUCGCGGACGUGGCCGUGUACUUCUCCCCGCAGGAGUGGGGCUGCCUGCGGCCCGCGCAGAGAGCCCUGUACCGGGAGGUGAUGCGCGAGACCUACGGCCUCCUGGGCGCGCUCGGGUUCCCGGGCCCCAAACCAGCCCUCAUCUCUUGGAUGGAACAGGAGAGUGAGGCUUGGAGCCCCGCCGCCCAGGAUCCUGAGGAGGGGGAAAGCCUGGGAGGAGCUCCGAGAGGAGACACUUCAGAUAAGAAGGAGCAGGGCUGCAAGGAAGGAGCCGAGAGGCCUGCAGAGACUUCUCAGUUGCAGUCUAAAGAGGUGGUUGAACAUAAGACUUGUUCCAUGGCUCCCAAGUCCUCUGCAGGGGUACAACUACCUACCAGAGCUGCCCCAGGCCAGGUGGCAGGUGCACAGCCUCCUGCCCAGGUAUCCAGCACAGAUGUGCAGGACAGCCAGAGGCGCCAUGUGUGUGUGGACUGUGGGCGCCGCUUCACCUACCCUUCGUUGCUGGUCAGCCACCGGCGCAUGCACUCGGGUGAGCGACCCUUCCCCUGCCCAGAGUGCGGCAUGCGGUUCAAGAGGAAGUUUGCUGUGGAAGCACACCAAUGGAUCCACCGUUCCUGCUCAGGGGGUCGCCGUGGCCGUAGGCCUGGCAUCCGGGCUGUGCCUGGAGCCCCAGUCCGAGGUGACCGGGAUCCACCAGUGCUCUUUCGGCACUAUCCAGACAUCUUUGAGGAGUGUGGGUGAGCCGAAUAGCUCCCUGCAUCUGGAGAAGAGCAUGAACUUGGCACUAAGAACUGACUUGAGUCAAGACUUAGGAAAUGAAAUACAUCACUUUGACUUUUCUCAAGGAUCCCUUGUAAACUUGUAAAAAGAAAAGUGCCUGUAAAGAUUCAUAUAGAUUAAACCUGACCCCUGCUCCCCU